UCGUUUUCGACCACAGUGAUAAAGCUGAUUCAACCUUGACAUAAGAACAAAAUGGGUAGCUUCGAAUAUCUAAUGGGAAAACAUACUGGACAUAGUGUGAUAAAGUAAUGUCCCAGUGAACACGCAUUAUGUAAGUUGUGCUCACAAGAGCGUAAGUAGAAUCAGGCCCAUCAUCCUUAAAUCAGGUAAAUGAGAUUAAUCUGCUCCGAGAUGUAGAUAAUCUUCUUAAACUUCAAGAAAAGCAGAAAGCAAAAAUAGUGCAGCUUGUAUAAAACAAAUAUUUAUUAAGAUUGCAUUUGCAAAAUAGAUGAUAAAAUAGGCUUGCCUCCACUCCCAGUGGAUAUGGAUGCUACUGAUGAUAAACUUGUCUGGCGACUGAUGUACUAAUGGCACUGCUGCAGGUGGAGUUAUACCUCCAACAAUAUAAAAUAUCUCUGUAUCUGCAGCUUUAUAAUAUGAAACUCUGCGCAUACAAACUCCAGGCACUAUGACCACUUCAAAUGACUGAAAUGGUUGUGGUGCUUGGAGUAACGCUGUUCAUUGUGUAUUGAUGGAUUUGCAUUCUAAGAAUGGGAUUAAGGCUGGUUUCUGUGCUUUGUGUGUGUGUUUUAUAACAUUUUUGCAGUGAGAAGGUUCCUGUUAUCUCUGCAGGCGCAAGUUCAAUUAACUUGGGUUUAUGGAAUUAAUUUACCAAAAAUGUACUAAUUGCAUAAUUAUACAGGCACCAUAACCACUUGGCGGUAAGGGUUAUAGUGCUUGGAAUGUCCCUUUUGUCAUUAUGCCUACUUUAUGGAAGUGUGUAUAAAAGUUAAAUCUUUCAGUAUGAAUUUAAAAAUCAAUUCUCAGUUUUAAAGUUAGAUCUACAAGUUUAAUGUAAGAGCUAUCUUAUUGUCAUUGUGAUGAAGGGAGGAUGUCCAUUGAUAGAAUAAUGUAGGCUGAAGUUCCAGAUAUCUGCAUGUGAGAAGCUGGGGAUAGUUUAUGGGAUACAUUUAUUUUCAUGGUGCUGUAUUCCACACUCCAUCAUAAUGAACCUGUUGCAAAUAUGUUUUUUAUGAAACAUUUGCUGAACUGCUUUUUCAUUUUUAUAUAGUGUGGAGCGGUAUGACCCAAGUAAAGAUUCCUGGGAGAUGGUGGCAUCAAUGGCUGAUAAAAGAAUUCAUUUUGGUGUCAGCGUGAUGUUGGGCUUCAUUUUUGUUGUUGGGGGUCACAAUGGUGUGUCUCACCUAUCGAGUAUCGAGAGGUACGAUCCCCAUCAAAACCAAUGGACUGUUUGCCGGCCUAUGAAGGAACCCAGAACAGGUGAGAAGUAUUAAAUAUUGAUGUAUUUGGACACUGUUUAAAAACCUGUCUUAUUUACAUAUGAAAAUAGCCGCAAUGAGAAAUGUGAUGCAAGAGUGUAGAUAAAUUGCUUCCCUGAUGUUUACAUUGUGCUAUGUGCAGUAACAUGCAUCCUUCAGUAUUUGGAUGUGCACAGUACUUGCUGUAAUAUUCAUUAUCAUUUUUGACCAGAUUUUGCUGACCGAUAUUUUUGAAUCUGUAUGAUUUGGAAUAACUCUUGAGUCACUUGCCAAUUUUUUUUUUCUUCUUCACCAGCCUAAAGUUUAUUCCAAAUUAUCGGUAUGUAGGAGCACGCAACUCACCAUAGACCAGACCAUCAAACAAGAUAUACUACAAUGUGCAAAUCUAGAUGCAUUGUGAAGAUAUAAAAUAAAUAGGACUGACUGCACAUUAAAAUAUGCAAAAUACUUUUUAUUCUCUUUAAACAAACUCAAACCGUGUAAAAAAAAUAAAAAAAUAAAUAAAAAAUCUUACAUAGUGAGACUAUUGUUAUAGCUGGUAAUAGCCAUAAAUGCCCCGUAAUUUACCAUGACAUGUACAGAGGUACUCCAUCAAAAGCAGAAAAACAAACUAACAAAAUAAUAAAAAAUCCUAACAGAAAAUCAAGCAAUUCUUGUCUGUGUAUAGUAUGAGCUUUACAAAGACAAUUAGGAUGGAUCCCUUUAUAAAGGCUACUUGUAGCCGCUGGAAGGUCAGGUGACUUUUCUCCGGUUCAUCAUUUGUAAAGGUAACAAUUGAUACAAACCAGUAUCGCUUUGAUUUUAUGCUAGAAAAUGUUUAAUUUGCUAUAAACAGAAGUACCCAUUUAUGUAAUUUCCUAGAGAAUUACCCCUUGUGCAACCAGCAAAAAUGAAAUAUUGAGAGUGUGUUUUUUGUCUUUACACAGGUGUUGGCGCUGCUGUCAUUGAUAACUACAUCUACGUUGUGGGUGGACAUUCUGGGUCAUCUUAUCUUAACACUGUGCAGAAAUAUGACCCUAUUUCUGACACGUGGGUGGACUUGGCAGGAAUGGCAUAUUCUCGCUGCAAUUUUGGUCUCACUGCUCUAUGAUGGAAAGCGUGAACACAAGCACAGUGUAUGAUUCUAUCGCUGCAUGAGAGAGCGUACAGGGGUUUUCAAGCCAGGCAUGGCUCCCAAAAGGAUUGGAGACAGGCGGAGGGUCAGUUCUAAAAAGAAUGGUUAUUCCUAGUCAAUGACUUUCAGCCAGCAUGACCACAUGUCCCCAAAAUUACUGCAGUAAAAUGUAGACAAAAGUAAGAGUGUUAAAUAAAUGUCUUAGUUGCAAUUAGAGGUUGCGAGGAUUCAUUGUACAUUGUCAAACCUCAACAUUUUAGUUUAUAAAAAAAAUGUUCUGGUGCUUUAAAAAAACAACUUGAAAAUAACAGUUUAUUUUAGAGCAUUAAGCAAAAAAAAUAUGUAAAGGGAUUGCAGUAAGUUCUGAGAUGGGACCAUACUGUCCCUUUAAUUUACAAGCAGUUUCUAAAAGAUGCAUCUCGCACAGCAUUAAGUAUCUGAAUGCAGCCCUGCAGCGUGCAUUUUCCAUAAGAGGACCUAGGAGGUGAAUUAUGGACACUUAUCUGGAACAGAUGCUCUGAUAGUUUUCAGUUAUCCUACAUGUGCAACAGUUUCCGGAAAUGUUGAGAGGUUCUGGUUUCAUUUUCAGCACGUUUUCUCUCUGAUCUCUGGGUUACGCUGCAAGGUUUUUUUUUGACCAGGAAACAAAUUAAUUAAUUGCGCUGUCACAUGCAUCAUACAGCCAAACAGCUCCACUGUGUCAGUUUGGCUAAUAAAAUACACAAUUGUCAGCAUGGCCUAUGCGACCGCAAUAUUCAAUGUGUUUUAAAAGAAAACCCUUCUUUCACAGUAUGAUAUUUACCCAAAACACAUCUCUUGUCAGUGAAGUGCACAAUGUUAAAUCUGUAAUCUGCGGAAAACCAUGCAUUUAACAUGGGCAAUAUGGUGCCCCAGCCCUGACUUUAACAUUAAUCAACUGGAAUUUAAAGACUGCAACACUGGGGCUCCCUUGUGCUAAAACAGGGAGAUCAGAAAUGUUUGCCAGCAGCUAAAAGAGAAACUACUUUGUUUAAUAUUAAGAUGGGAUCCGUUUCUGGCUGCUUCAUCAAGGCAGUAAACCUUGCAGGCAGUUAGAUUUUAAUUUUAUUUUUCAUUUUACAUUUGCAAUAUGUAUUAUUACAUAGGAAUCUAUGAUGCACAUUUCUGAAAAACCACAGGAAUCUAGGAGUUACGCCUGAAUUAUAUAAACUUCCUAUGGGAAUAGAAAAAGUUUUAAUGGUAGAUGUUAGUGUUCAGUUAAUGUAGCCAUUCUAGAUCUGAAUCCAUGCAAGGCCUCAUUCACUUGGUACAAUGUUAUACCAAUUCAUGGUCUAAUAAUUUACUGGGAGCUGGCUAAAGUCUAUUAUAAGAAACAAGCGUGCCUCUGGUAAUUGAGUAGAUGUCAGUGGAAGAAUAUUUAAUUACCAGCAUUCACCAACUCAGCUAUUUUUUUUCCAAAUUAUUUAUUUUUGGUUAACAUUUUGCAUUCAUUUUCCAUCAUUCAUGAGUCCUAGUUUAGUGAAUUCAUCCAAAAGUCUCUUGCUUUGUUUUAGAAUUUUUGAACAAAGCAAGUAUUGUUAGUAUAACUUUUAUUCUUAUAACCUAACGUUUUUAACAAUUCUUCAAUUUAAAAUGCAAGAAAGUGAGUUAUUGGUGUAGAUGUUCCAUACAUGUAGCUUGUUUCACUACUGACAUUGGAACAAUUCGUGUCAGGGGUUUACUGAUGUGACUCAAUAUGCAGAGAUUAGCAAGUCCUUGCAGUGUUGCCACUUACUGGAAGACAUGGUUAUGUGACUGGGCAACCACAAUGCUGAAUGGCCGCACAGGGGCUUUCUGUUUAAAAUAACCGCUCAAACAAAGUCCAAAAAUAGUAGACCUCAUACAAUAGGUUUGUACAGGGGGCAUAGUUUCAUAGUUGGUGAUAAAGGCUGGAGUUUUUAUUACAAUAUAAACAAACUGGUAGCAUAGACUGUGAUAGCAUGCACAGGGAUGUCUGAGUGAUGCUCUAGUGCACUAAGAGGCCUUAUGUAGGAGAGAGAUUGUUGAACAUGCCAGCUCCUUUACCCGUCCGCAUCACCAGCAUCUUCAAAAUCCACCCGUGUCCACUGCCUUAUUUGGGGAUAAAAGCAGGGUGAGUGUGUUAUUGCCGUGUGACUAGAUGGAAUCGCUAGUACAAACCUUGAUGUGGAUGCUUUGGAAUAGCUUCCGCCACUUGGAUAGUGGCAUGGAGAGAGACCGACAAGGACAGUCUACCUCUCCAGAUCUGGUAUGUAACACUGGUAGGGCAUUGAAGAUGGUGGCAAGGUGGUUGAAGCACUAGUAGGGCAUCUUCCAUCCUUAGACCAGUAUGAUUUGUGGUUUUGUCUGACCGAAGCAAUAAGAGUAUACUGCAUUUAUUAAGUCUUGAUACAUUUUUCUUUAUUCCCGUGUAAUUUCAUAGUAACACCACAUACAACUUGCACAUGUCAUUAGCUAAUGAAGAUGUUCUUUUAUUUCACACUAAAGGCAUAUAAGCUAUCACCUAAACAAUAAAAAUGAAACUGUAUCCACUUAUCCUCAAUUAGCAACAAUGUGCCCUAAAUGUAUUUAUUUUGUUUUACUCCCUGUGAAAUACACUUGCUUUGAGACUUUUUUUUUUUUUCAAUAUUAACCAAUCUGUCAUUCAUGAUUGUCAAUGAAACUCUGACCAUGUGAAUGAGGCCUAAGUUACACUCCAGAGAUGCGCAUGGGCUUCUAAACAUUGGUAAUGUCUCCUUCAAACUCGUACAUCAGCAGUUGAAUUACAGCACUGCAUUGCUCUUCAUUUAGUAAUUUGUACUUUGUGAAACUGGUCUCCAACUCAAAACGAACAUUCGUUAAUCACAUUUGGCUCCCCCCACCCCCUCUUUCUGUAUACUGUGCUGACUAGAUGGGGCAACGAUAGAGUGUGCAGUGAUAUAGACAUUCCUUUGUAUAGAAAAUAUGAAAAAUCAGUGCUUCUCAAUUUUAUAUUUAACAAAAGGGCUGCUUUUUCCUGUGACUCAAGAUUUGUGAAUAGUAAAUGCCAUAGUUUACUGCCUGUUUCAUGUUACUUUUGAAAUGUUUUAGGGCUGGUUUAUUUACAGUAAUAACUUUAUAAGAAAACAGACCCUACCGUAUGUAUAGAGAGGUUUUACUUAUUAGAAAUGUAACAAAAAAACAUAAUUCUUCAGAGUAGAGUGUAGCCAAAUCUGCAUUUCACAGUGUAUCAGGUUUAAAUGUAAAUUGACCUAUCUAUCUCAUGCAGUUGGCCACAGGAUUUGGGACUGGUCUAUACAACCUGUAUAUUGUUCUAGCAGACGUCCAUCCGCAUGUAGGAUUUAAAAUGACUCUUCCCGUCUGUCACACCAUUGCGGUGGUCAAAGACAGAUGGGAAUAACCCCUCUAGAUCUGUACAUGUAUUUGUAAUUUUUCUAGUUCAUUAUGUAGUUUUAUUUCAUUUUUCUUUUUGUUCUUAAAGGGGAAAUAGUCAAAUUUUUAAAAUAAGAAUAUUUUUAAAAUAAUUUAAAAGUAGCUACUUUUUUCAUUAUAUCAGGUAAAUACAACUAUAUCAACCAUACAACUGCUUUCCUAAACUAUAUACAAGUCUAUUGAGUUACACGGUGAAAGAUUUAUUUCUUCCUGAAACCAGUUUGGAAAUUCUCCCUCUGAUCUAUAGUCAUAGCUUGGCUAUCUGAGCUUGAAUUCUGCAAUGUGCUUUUUGAUUCACUUAUUCCUCAGUGUUGAUGAAAAUCCGUGGAGACAUUACAGUUGUUGUGAGGUAGCUUUUCAAAUGAUCCUCUUGUUUUGUUUCCUUGGAAUUGCUGAAGCUGCUUGGCUCAUUUUGGCUUUGACUGGUCACUCAAUUGCAAGCCUCCACCACACUGAGCUAUCUAGGCAGAGCUAAUAUAUAGAUACUAGCCCAAAGCUGCGAUGCACUCAUGUGUCUCCUCAGAUGAAUAGGGCAGUAUUUGUCACUUACUGCAUAAUAAGCAGUGUUUCAUUUUACAUAUUCAUUGGCAUUUCUUAUUACGGUUUGCCUUCAGACUGAUUACAGGGGCACUCCAUGCACCAUAAGCACUACAGAUAACUGUUGUGGUAAUGGUGAUAGAUGUCUGUGGGUGACGGUUUCACAAAUUGAAGCUUUUCCCAGCACCCAUAGCCCAGCUUUCUUCAGCCACACUUCUAAUGUAGAAGGUGAAACCAUUCUUCUACAUGGUGAUGUGUGAUCCCAUCUAACCUGGAUGGCAGUGGUGUGCCGAAAGCACUGAGGACGUGUUAGGGACAGCAAUUUACUAAUCGUAUCAUAACCCCCACAAUGAGCUGUAAUAUUUAUUGUACUUAAAGUGCCGCCUUAAUAUCAGGAGGAUUUUGUUUUAACAUGGUGCUUCCUUGGGCUGUAUAUAAUGCAUGCAAUGUAGAAAAUACCCAAGGGGCAUUAUAUGAAAAUGACAAAUGGCUACUUUUAUAAAGUUACAAAAAUAUUCUUACCUAACAGAUGACUGUCGCUGCUUAAAAUUAGAAGCUGCCCCUUUUUAGUUAGUUGAUGCCCAGUCUCACUGCUGUUUAGCAGAAUCUCCUAUUUUUGCAACUUGCAAAGGCUGAGAAGCUGCAGUUUAAUGUAUACUGUAUGAGAAAAAUCAUCGGAAAAUUGCUUUGUAUGUGUGUACAAUCUUCACCUUUUCUGUUCUGUUAAUACAAGGUAGCACUUGGACUUAAAUUUCCACUGGCUAUCUUUUUAUUAAAACUAGUGGGAAACCGAGCUAUCAAAUCCAUUUCAUUUCAGUGCCAUGCUUUAAACAAAAUGUAAAAACUAAAAAAAAAAACAGUCCUUUUAAAUCCAGGCAUUUUUGCAUUGUGUGACAACUAAACUCUGGUGCUAUUUGUAGGACUGAAGACUGCUGUUACAGGGUUUAAUUAAACUAUUCAUGAUGUUGAGCUUAUAUUUUGUUUAUUGUGCCUGUAAAUUGUGUUUCUAAUUAUCACUCAAUGUCAUGUAUUCUUUUGUCUCUUUUGAUUUUAUUUUUAUAGGUGUGUGUGUUUUAAACAACAUAUACCCAAUCUGCUUACUGCUUGUAUGGUAUUGAUAUUAUACUGAAGACAAAAUUGUUAUACAAUUAGGCUUUAUUUUAUGUCCGGAAGAAAAAUCUGACUGGCUAGAUUUGUGACUUGUUAACUUUUGUCCCUGAUUUUUGUAAUUGUGGUAGUAAGUAUUUGAAUGUGUCAUGCCAUGAUCUACAUACAUUUUUCUUAAACUUUUACAGAGAAAUACCUCUGCAGGUCUAAAAAAACAAAGAAAAAAUGUCUAAAGUGAUUUAAAUUCCAAAUAAAAUGUGUAGACACUGAUAUUUAAGUUAAUCCCAUAUUGGAGAACAAGUCUGAUUAAAGAUAGUAAAGAGUAUCUUUUUUUUUAAAAAAAUGACAUUUGAAUAUUGUGUAUGUAAGGAGGUGUGUAUGAACUAUUAAUUUGAAGUAUAAUAAAUGGAAAUAUAAUACACACAGAAUAGUUAAACAUAGAGAACACUGACACAUAGUUACCUAAAGAUAUAAAGUACAUAAAUGACUUGGCGCAAACCUGUUUUUUCUUGUUUUCUACCUAUUAUUUUCCCUUGGAUUGUUAGGGUAUCCAAUUAACAGAAUCUGCUGCCAUUUGAGUGAGCGCUGUAUCUUUUGUUACAUAAAGAGAACACACUGGGGCAGGAGUGGUGUCCUAACCCGGCUCCCGGUAUCACCACAGGGCACAUGAGGGAGCAUGGUCAAGACAACAUAGCUGAGACUCAUGGUACAUGCAUAAGAGUAGGUUAUUAAGAAGUCUUAUUGCCUAUCCUUCUAUGUUGGCUUUCUUUGGUCAGAAGCAGCAUUUGGUUAUCUGCAUGUCUUUUGUUUGGAUAAGCCCAAAAAGGACUCCAUGAGCAAGAGUAAACCAGAAGAUGCCCUGAAAAUACUUAUAUAUGCACACAGAAGCUUUAAUACACAUAUUUUAAAUAAUAGAGUUUUGCUUUAACUUUUUUUUCUGUCUAAAUGUCAUACAUAUACUAGUGAAAUGGCAAGUAAAAAGCAAAUUAGUGGUUGGAGUAAACAUGUUAAAAUAUUGGAGAAUCGGUUAUGUCUGCCAGUUGCUAAAAGUGAUUUUUGCCAAAGUAUUUCCAAAGUGCAGCCAUCAUCUUGGGACGGAGUACAGGUUUAGUUUUUUUCAGAUUUGUUUAUUCUUUGUUCUAGUGUGUUUCUUUUUUUUUUUUUUUUUUAGUAAGAAGAUCGGCAAGUCAUUCUGCCUUGAACUCCUUUUAUUCUGUUUUGGUCUUCGUAUGUUGAUAUUGAACAGGUGUUUUGUUUUUUUCUUUCUUUCCUUGUGUAUGAAUUUGUAUCAUUUUAUAGACGGUGAUACAAGUUUUUGAGGAACAGUAUCUUUUCAUAUUGGUCUAUGUGCAUGCAGGGAAUGUAUUUUCGCUCAGGUGCAUGAUUAAGGGUUCCCUCUUCUAAUCUGCAAAUUAAAUGUCUAAUAUCACUCAUACAACGUUUUCUUCAUAGAUGCAGCCUAUUUAAUAAACACCCUCAGCUGUUUUGAUUAAACACGUUUUUCAACAACACACAACGGCCUUUUUUUUUUUUUUUUUUUAAACGGUAACAAACUAUGCACACAUUUCAACAAUUUGUGGUCGCUUGGGACACCUUCAAAAUAAAAUAAACUAGUACAACGCCUGUUUUUAGUUGACCUUAUUCCCUAUUCUAACUUCUACUCCAUAACCGCUUUACAUUCAGCCCAAGAUCUGUUUUUGGUUGUAACAAGCUACAGGUCCAAUAUGCGUCACUUAUGAACACUGUACAACUGGUCUCUAAGGGGAGAAACAUUAUACACAUUGCACACUGUCUGGGAUGAACUGAUAACCUGCUCAAUGACUAAUCUUGUCAGUAGGUGAUUUAUUGCCUGGAACAAAGCUCACUUUUUAGUCUUUUAAAUGCCCAUGGUACAGGCAGCCGUGUGGGUCCUCGGCAAUUAUAGCUCUGAAGUGAAGGAUCAUGGGAAUUGCAGUUCAAAAACUAUCUGCCCUUAACAUUGGGUUGAUAAUGGAAGUGCUGCUUUAUCAGGUUCGUAUGGUUUUUUUUUGGUAGGUGUUAACAAUAGAAAAUAACUUUAUAAAAUAAUUGGCUUGCUUACAUCCCUUUAGGUAAUUGUUCCGUGUGGUUCUAUUCAUUUCACCAAUAAACAAUGCAAAAAGUUCCAGGUUUGCCUUAAAUUCCUAAUGAUACCCUACUUUUCUUUGCAUAACUGGAUUUCCCCCCCUUUAUGUAUGCGCUGUUAUAAACCUUAACUCUAAGAGAAGUGCGCUUUUUUUUUUUUUUUUUUUUACACCAGCUUUGUUAGCCCUUCCAGUGUUGGUGGGUGAUAAGCAGAAUAUUUCACGAGCGCUGUAUUUGCACUCAGAUGAAGGGGUUUUAAUAACAUUCUAGAAAUAAACCUUUGUGUUUACAGUGAUGUAUAUUCCUUUUUAUAAAAUGUUUUUAUUCUUUGUUUACAUCAUAGAAUUUGCUUUGGCGCUUUGAGUAUCAGUGGAGUGUGAAAUGUUUUCUCACUCCCCGGGCUCAGUUUAUUUUAUUUUCAUCCUGUGCUACUGUUGUUAAGUCUCUGUAAUGAUGGUGCAGGUCAUUUACUGUGACGUGUUUACUAAAUAAAUAAUAAUUUCCCAGUUUUUCGUUGUCCUGUUUUCAACUUCUUGCAAAAAACACACAACUGAUAAGACAAACAUUAGAAUAAAGAACACGGACCUAUGUCAAUCAAGGAUGGCAACAUUAGCAAGCCUGACUGCAUGUUUAGUCCAUAGGAAUGAAUGUUAAUUGCUGGUGCACAGGUAACACUUUUUCAGUUGACUCAAUCUGGAAUGUAGUGAUUGUACGGCUCCGGUAGCAAUGGGUGCCAUUUAUUCUUGCUAUAAAAAGUGCAUAACCAAUAGUGAGCUUACAUCUCUAUAUUCGCACUGCAGACACUGAC